CUCCAAUGCUCUAUCGUGCGAAAGCCCAUUUGUGGCGCGCAUACAGUGAUUACAACAAAAACGCGUUCCCACAUGACAGAAAUCCUUGGAUAAGUGAAUUUUCAACAUGGCUUUCCUAGCCAUCGCGUUCACGAUUCUCGCCCUUCCAAUUGGAUUCUUCCUCUGGUCGGCACAAUGUCUCGCAAGGAACUGUGCAAUCGCGAAGGCGUCAGGUAUUCCGUACAUAACACGAUGGGUAGCACCGAUCAAUCCCUUUUGGCUGCUGUACGGAACAUCGAUCGUGAAGUUCUUGCAGCGGUUCGGCUUAGCUACAGAUCGUCUGAGGCGCAUCUACCCGUUCGGAUGGGAGGCAAAUGAGCGUGCGACUAUACACGAAGAGCAUGGGGAAAUGUUUCUCGUGGCGCAUCCUGGGGGUCUGCAGCUCUGCGUGGCUAAUGCGGAGACGAUAUAUGACAUUUUACAGCGGAGGACGGAUUUCCGACGGAACAUGGAGGAGUUCGCUGUUAUCAAUGUGUAUGGGAAGAAUUUGGCGACGACGGACGAUCAGGAGUGGCAGCGUCAUCGAAAGAUGACGGCGGUUACCUUCACGGAGAAGAAUAACGAACUGGUCUGGGUUCAGUCGCUGGCGCAAGCGAAGGGAAUGUUGGAUUAUUGGUUGGUUGAGCAGAAAGGCGGGAAGGCUAUUAGGACUGUGCAUGACGAUACAAAGAUCUUCACGCUCAACGUCCUGGCGGCGGCUCUGUUUGAUCAGCCCUACCCUUUCGAAGGGUACGGCAAAGUGGAUGCUAACAAGCGUUCCGAUGAUCAAUCAUACCAGUAUCGUGAUUCCCUGGGAGUUAUCCUGAUAUCUGUUAUCCAAAUUCUAGUCUUUGGCGAGGAGGGCCUGAAAGCAUGGUGGACCCCGAAAUCAUUCAAACGAGCUUCUGCCGCAGUGGCUACAUUCCGGUCUUACAUUUUGACCUUGAUGAACGAGGAAAGAGCCCACAUCGCCGAAAAGAAGCCUGACCGAGACAAUCUCGUGGCCCGAUUAGUUCGAGCGUGCAACGAGGUCCAGGUCGAUGGGCCUGACAAGAACGUAAGGAAUAUGACAUUGACCGAGACGGAAAUCAUAAGUAACCUUUUCGUGUACGCAUUCGCCGGAAAUGACACCACGGCCGUUGGCCUCACCAACAUUCUGAUCCACAUGGCCGCGAACCCAGAGACGCAAGACUGGAUCUCGGAGGAACUUAAUCAUUACCUCUCCGGAAGCGAUCCCCACGCAUGGACAUACGAUUCUUUCUUCAAGUUGAAACGAUGCCAAGCUGUCAUUAUGGAAUCACUACGGAUAUGCCACCCGCUAUCCCAGCUCGUCAAAACCGUGAACAACACCCCACAGCCCAUCAAAGUCAACGACAAAUCGUACACGAUUCCGGCAGGAACAUCAGUCCACUGCUCUCUCCCCGCCCUCCACACUCUCCCCCGAUACUGGGGCUCAUCCGCCAUGACUUGGAACCCCUCGCGCUUCAUCAGCACACCAGGGCUUGAAGGUAAGACGGCGACUUUCGAACACGAAGUCCUCGCGCCCGAUACGUCGGAGCAUUUCUUGCCAUGGGCGUGGGGCCAGCGUGUCUGUCCCGGGAAGAGGUUCUCGCAGGCAGAAAUCGCGGCGGUGUUGGCAGUGAUGUUUCGGGAUUGGAAGCUCGAUGUUGUGUGUGAGGGUGGGGAGAGUCCGAGGCAGGCGACGGAGAGGGCUUGGAGGGAGAGUCUGGUGAUUGAUCAUGAGGGACAUAUGUUGCAUGAGAUGGAGGCACCUGAGAGUAUUGGGUUGAGGUGGGCGAGGAGGUAGCGAGCGGUUUUACAGAGGAUAUAUGUGGAC